AUGUCUUCCUCCAACGACCCACUCACUACGAGUUACCUCGUCUUUGUCGUAGCCUUUGUGUGUUGGAUGUGCAGCUCUUUCUCGAUGAGGGUCGAAGGCGUAGCCUUGGAAAGAAGGUCUUACGCAGCUGAAAUCGAAAAUUCCAGAAGAUCUCUCGAUCUGGCCAAAGCUGAGCAUUCCUCGGUCAUAGAUGACCUUAGGAAAACUAUCGAAAAGGACAUCUCCAAUACCGUCAUGGUUCUUCAGUUCACCAAGAAGAGUCUUAAGGAUGCCCAAACCGCCCUCGAACAGUCACAGAGGAUAGCUGCCACUCACUUCGAGUUCCGCGAAGCACUCGCCAAAGAACUAGCCCGAACCCGAACGCAGCGCAACUGGGCAGCAGCCGGCGUUGACCGCUCUCUGGAUGCAUUAAAUGAGGCGGAACGCAAAGCCUCCUCCCAGGAACUCGUCGCAUACGAAAUGCAGUGUCAAAUCAGGUUCAAGGCCAACGAGCUGCGCGACAUGACGCUUUCGUUAGAAAUGGCCAAGAAAGAGCUAGCGAUUGCCAAUGAGUUUAGCCAGAAGGCGCAAGACGAGAUUGACGAGCAGAAUCUGAGAAUCGAAGAACAAGAAAAGUUGGUGGAGAAGAAAGAGCAAAUAAUCCUAGGUUUGUCAAACCAAAUAAGGGACCAUAAGAUAGGAUGCAGACGCAUGCAUUCUACGAUCGAACGGCCGAACUUGGGUGUGGAUUCGGUUCUUACAAAACUCGAAAACAUGAAUAGAAACCUAACUGAAGAAGCCGAGGAUUGGUGCACAAUAAGCCAAAACUGGUCGACAAACAAUGCCAAUGAGAUUCAUGCCAUGGGAUCCGAAAUCGAGGGGGUAAGAGGGGAACUCGCAGAGUUUAAUGCUGAGAAUAAGCGUCUCACGCGAGAUCUCAAGGCCAUGGCCAAGCAUGCUAAAAUUUUCCACAAAGAGCGAGAGUUCAUGACCCAGCAGAUUGAGCAGCUUGUAUGGGACGUCAAUGCUCUUAAGAUCGCUAAGAAGGAGAACGGUUCUGCGGAAGAUAUGGACGUAAGCGCUACAAAAGACGAAGAGGAAGAUGAGGAGGAAUACCCCUCUUGGUUCCCCAACGAAGACGACGGUAAUGAUGACACGUCACACAAGCUCAACGAAGAUAGCGAAAAAGAGCUGGAAUGGUUUGUCCACGCGCCGACAGCCACCACAGCGACUAAGUAUAUUGACGAAUGGUAUACGAAAGACGCCAAUCUAAUCAGAAAUGAGGGCAGGAACCAAGACUUAGACCAGUGGAUUGAAGAUGUAGACACUCUGGUAAAUAGUGAAGAUGGGUUAUAUUACAAGGAUCUGUACGAAUCCUUGUAUAGCGAGGAUGAAGCUCUUGCCAUUACUACAUUUGAGGAAGAGGACAAGGACAUGGCUUAGGUGUCAGGCUGAGAUUGUACCAACUCGCCCACGAGGUAGCCCAAACGGUAGCAAUCUUGUGGUUUCUGGCAGGUCGAAAGGUCAUAGUUUGUUCUUUAGUUCUGGCGAGAAUCUGUUCACCUACAGC